GCGCUGCCAGUGCGUCUCCUUCAGAUCACCCUCGAGCCGGCGAGUCACGGGAGAGCUGACUUUUGCCACUCGCAGCUGAACCUACCGGCCCAGAAUUACAGCUGAAAUGGCGAUUCCUCCAGCAUACGCUGACCUUGGCAAAUCUGCAAGGGACAUUUUCAAUAAGGGAUAUGGUUUUGGGCUGGUGAAGCUUGAUGUGAAGACCAAGUCAGUCAAUGGAGUGGAGUUCAAGACAUCUGGCUCGUCUAACAUGGACACGAGUAAAGUAAUCGGGAACCUGGAGACCAAGUACAAAUGGGAUGAGUACGGGCUCACGUUUACCGAGAAGUGGAAUACAGACAACACACUCGGCACGGAGAUCACUGUGGAGGACCAGAUAACCAAAGGCCUGAAGCUGACAUUCGACACAACAUUCUCUCCAAACACAGGGAAGAAGAGUGGUAAAGUAAAGACAGCCUACAAGUGUGAGCAUGUGAAUGUGGGCUGUGACGUCGACUUUGACUUCGCUGGCCCAUCCAUCAGUGCUGCCGGUGUCCUGGGCUACGAAGGCUGGCUUGCCGGCUAUCAGAUGACCUUUGACACCGCCAAGUCCAGAAUGAAACACAAUAACUUUGCUGUGGGCUACAAGACCAGAGACUUCCAGUUGCACACCAAUGUGAACGAUGGUGCUGAGUUUGGAGGCUCUAUUUACCAGAAGGUGAGUGAUAAGUUGGAGACAGCAGUGAACCUGGCCUGGAUGGCUGGCAGCAACAGCACACGCUUCGGAAUUGCAGCCAAGUACCAGCUUGAUUCCUACGCUUCCAUCAGUGCUAAAGUGAAUAACUCCAGUCUGGUUGGAGUGGGCUACACACAGACGCUCAGACCAGGGGUGAAGCUGACGCUCUCUGCUCUGGUGGAUGGAAAGUGCAUCAACUCUGGAGGCCAUAAACUGGGCCUGGGGCUGGAGCUGGAGGCAUAACAAGUUCCAUCAUGAAUACUGCACACUCUCCCCUGAUCUACCUGUGUCUCUCUCUCUCUCUCUCUCUCUCUCUCUCUCUCUCUCUCUCUCUCUCUCUCUCUCUCUCUGAAGAGAUGAUGGAUAUCUAAGGAAAGUGGGUCAUCUGUCUUAGGUUCAUGUGGAAGUCAAAGACCCCUAGUGCUCCACACACACACUCACUCUGGCUGUGCGCAAUCAUUAAGCACACCCCCCUGCAGCCUUCCUGACUUGUAUUGUCUGUGGUUCCUUCUUUACUCUGUGCGCCUCACUGCCACCCUGCUGUGUUGCUGAACUACAUCUCUCUCCAGACCAACACAAGGUUUGGGUUUGCACCUUUGACAUCUCUCACCCCACAAGCAGGCUCUGAACAGACUUUGUUACCCGUAUACACCUGUUUGCUGCAGUUACGGUCUUCUGAACAUAGAAUUACUGUAAACUUACCUUUGUGUUGUAGAGAAUCAACCUCCUCUCUGCUUUUAAAGGAAAAAUGUGUCUGUUUAGCACAUUGAUUGUACCACCCCUGCUCCUGAGGUUUUAUAUUUGCAUAAAUUCCCAUUUUUGGCUUCAUACAGUUUUGGAAAGUGUUUUCGUACUUACCAAAACCAUUGGCCGUUUUUGCUUUUGUCUGUAGUGCUCUCCAGGUUUUCAUUAAAUCGGAUGCAGUUGUAUUCACAUGUGGAAUGCCAACUGUAGAUCACUUUUUACUUGGUUUGUGCUUUAUAGGAAUGCAAUCCAAUAACAUUACUUUUUAUCCAUUGAAGAAGAGAUUUAAUUGAAAGGAUAUUUUGCAUUGGUCAUAUUUUUCCAUGCUCACUGAUGCAUGUCAUUUAGUGCUUGAUGCAACAUAGAAUUUUAAGCUUUAUAGGAGCCUUAUUGCAGACUAUUUUGUUUAAUAUUCAGAAUACAACUUGCAAUAAAAACCUUUGGUGUGAA